AAUCGAACCGCGUCUGACUCUUCCUAUCGAAACGUGUCCUCGCGACGCAAUCGUUGGGUAUAAAGCAAAGAACUUUGGUGGUGGGAUGAAAGCGCUCUCCAAAGCGCACUCGGCAGCUAGCGAACCCCCGAGCUCCAACUCCGCAAUUCCACGUGGUCCGUGCGCCCAUCUUUUCGCGAAGGGAACACCUUGCAUCACUCUGAACCGUCUCUCUCUCCCAUUUCCCACGUAACGCCGAGGGCGCAACCCGUUCAAUUCUCUCCACACCACCCACGCGCGCACCUUCUCCGUGCCCAGUCCCGACAAAUUGCUUUGGACUAUCACCUCCUAAACCACCAAUUCAAUUCCCUUUCCGUCACCGUCACUGUCCUCGCCUCUCAGAUCUGAUCCACAAUGGCCCAAACCCCCCAACAACGCGCCGCAAACGCGCGCUUCGCCAAGCGCGAGGAAGCCAAGAUGGGCAAGCCGGUCGAGGCGCGCAAGCGCAAGGAGGACUUCAAGAGCCCUAUUUCCCGGGGCUGGAUAAUUGUGCUCGCGUUCGUGCUGUGCGGAGGCUUGAUAUUCGAGCUGCUGAAGCUGUUCUUCUAAAGGCGACGGCGAGAGUAGUAGGUGGGGUGUGAGGGGUGUGCGAUAGGACUCCUCUAGGGGACGGACAGAGGGGGGUUGCUAUGUGCAGUAUAUCGCUGGGCAUGGUUACGUGCAGCAACUAGGAAGGGGGCAUGACUUUCUUCGUCUAAAGAAUUAGGGGACUGGCGUUCACAUGGACAUGGGCAUCGGAGCAUGGCUGAACUGAGCUGAUAUUGUACUUCAGCUGACUACUUGAAUCGAUCUUAUCAUACGGUGUGUUUGGCUGCUACUAGUAGUCCGUCUCUGUCUGGCUAUGAGCAAGCCCUGGUUCUGCCUACUCCUCAGCAACAGGC